CAAGAUGCUCUGCCUCCCUCAUUCCUCUCUCUUUCAAGAAGAGCUCACACUUGGUUAAGCACACACACUGAGGCGCUUCAUGAGAGAUCGGCCGCGGAGCUGCGUGUUUUGUUUUCAGUUUUUUUGUUGUCGGGAUGCCACUGUUGAUUUUAGGUCAGGGCCAUUUGAUGUCACUCGAGGUUAAGGGGUAUGUAAAGGAGGGUAAGUGAGACGAAGAGACAGAGAUGAGGGGCCUCAGGUUGAGAGACAAAGGACACAGUACCUGGCAUCUGGGAGAGAAGGAGUAGAAGUCUGUGAACAGGUGAGAGAGGGACACUGUCUGCCCCACUGUCCAGCGACACCAUGAGCUGGAGCUUCCUCACGCGGCUGCUGGAGGAGAUCCACAACCACUCCACCUUCGUGGGGAAGCUGUGGCUCACCGUGCUCAUCGUCUUCCGCAUUGUUCUCACUGCAGUUGGCGGAGAAUCCAUCUACUACGACGAACAGAGCAAGUUUGUCUGCAACUCGGGCCAGCCAGGCUGCGAGAACGUCUGCUACGAUGCCUUCGCCCCUCUGUCUCACGUUCGCUUCUGGGUCUUUCAGAUCAUCUUGGUGGCGAUGCCUUCUCUCAUGUAUAUGGGCUAUGCUGUCAACAAGAUUGCACGGUUGGAUGAAUCAAAAGGAGGAUGUGGAUCUGCUGCGGUCAGAACAGGAGGAGGGGGCUACACGCACAGGAAGCCCAGGAAAAUGUGCUUUGGAGCUCGGCAGCACCGCGGCAUCGAAGAGACCGAGGAGGACCAGGAGGAUGAUCCCAUGAUCUACGAGGUGCCAGAGAUGGAGCCCCCAAAAAGGCCACGGGACCCACUGCAACCCACACCCAGACCCAAAGUCCGGCAUGAUGGGCGCAAACGCAUUCGAGAUGAGGGGUUGAUGCGGGUCUACGUUUUGCAGCUGGUGUCUCGCACGGUGCUAGAAGCGGGCUUCCUUGCUGGCCAGUACUUGCUGUACGGGUUCCGUGUGACGCCCGUCUUUGUGUGCUCGGGAAAGCCUUGUCCUCACAGCGUUGACUGCUUUGUGUCACGGCCUACAGAGAAGACCAUCUUCCUGCGCAUCAUGUAUGGUGUCACUGUCCUCUGCCUCACACUCAAUGUUUGGGAGAUGCUCCACUUGGGGAUCGGUUCCAUCUGUGACAUUCUUCGCCGUCGCCGCUGCCCGCCUCAGGAGGACGAGUACCAGUUGGGUUUGCUGGGUGCCAACGGGGGUGUCGAGGGCUCAGUAGGGGUGGCAGGGCCUGAAGCAGGUUCUGAGGGAGGGGUGGGUGGAGACGGAGCUGCUGAUUACGUGGGUUACCCGUUCUCGUGGAACACUCCAUCAGCUCCACCUGGCUACAACAUUGUGGUCAAACCUGAGCAGAUGCCCUACACGGACCUCAGCAAUGCUAAAAUGGCGUGCAAGCAGAACCGGGCAAAUAUCGCGCAAGAGGAGCAGCAGCAAUUUGGUAGCAAUGAGGAUAACUUUCCCACUGGAGGGGAGGCCCGCGUGGCUCUCAACAAAGACAUGAUCCAGCAAGCUCAUGAGCAGCUGGAGGCGGCCAUCCAGGCCUACAGUCAGCAGCACCGGGCAGAGGAGCAGCUUGGGGACAAUCAGGACGACAAGCCCCAAAGCAACAUCAUCCAGGCCCAACCUCAGCCACAGUCGCAGCCUCAGAAAGAGCGCAAGCAUAAGUUCAAGCACGGGAAGGGAGGCAGCAGCGGAGGAGGCAGCAGCAGCAACAGCAGCAGCAGCAAAUCAGGAGAGGGAAAGCCCUCUGUAUGGAUUUAACCCCACAGACAGAGACAUGUAUUGAAACCCUGUACAUACAGUAUAUUAGAGAUUGGAUGAGGAGCUGUUGCAAUCUUUCUUGGAUAUUUAAACACCGCUGUGCCUUACAGAAUCCUGCAAGCUGGAGAAGAUGUGUGUUUGUCUACUAAGGUGUGUAAAAAAAAAAACAAACAAAAAAAAAAACCGUGAUGUUGCAGCUGACAGUUUGUUUUGUCUGGGCUAUCACUGUCUAACUUGAAACAUCACACCAACACAAACUCUAUUAGGCUACAGUCUGUCGUUUACAUGUCUCAUUCUCCUCAAGUCCUAAAGCAGAUUAUUGACCUCUGUUGUCUUGCCGUUCAUCCUUUCUUAGGGAUUUGAGCUUUGGAAAAUUACUGAAUGAUACUGAGGUCUCUUGCAAAUCAGAUUGAUCCCAGAUUUGACCUGUAGCUCAUUUUCUGGCCGCUGCUCUGCAAAGACACGACUCCAUUAAUACAUAGGCAUCCUAACUCUUGGGACAUGUAAAUACUAUGACAUCAAAAUGAAAGGGAUGCCAUGCCAUCACCAUAGAAAUGACUUGUUAUGACGUAAAGAAACUUCAUUACAACGUGAAUAAUGCAAUAAAAUGAGGCAUAAUUGAGUGGCAGCGCCUAAAGCAGUGACUUCAUAACGCAGUGACAGCGUCACCUUCCUGAAGGCUGUGUCCUGUCAAUCAUGUUCAGUGUCUGCUCUCUCUCUCUCUCUCUCCCCGGCGUCGAUCACAGUGUUUCGUUGCUGUGACUUUGAGUGUUUCUAUAUGUUUCCUGUGUAUGUGUGUGUGUGUGUGUGUGUGUGUGUGUGUGUGUGUUUUGAUAACAGUGCUACACUAGCUGCUGCUCAGGAGCCGCUGAGUACAGCAGGUGGCUUUUUAAACAAAAUUUCCUGAAAGAAAUUUUUUGUUUGUUUGUUUGUUUUUUAACAAGGUGCAUAAGUAAUCCAGUUUUUAUACCUUAACUCUUCAGCUUCUCAGUUUCUCUCUCUCUCUCUGGCUCUUCAUGGCUCUCGAACAAGGCUGCUCACUACUUCACUGUCGCUCCACCUGCCUUGUAGUUGACUGCCCCCUGGUGGCUUCUUCUACUUGGGGGGAGUAGAUACCAGUUGCCAACGCUACCGAUCCAGCAACACUUUAACCAGCUGUGGUGUUCCUUUCCUAAAGCCUUGUGUUAGUCAAGUCUUCCCAGCGCCACGGGUUCAGUGUUUGAUGCGCAAGGCUGCAACAUCACCACCUUGUAAUGGAAAAGGUAUAAAAGCCAUUACUAUAGUAUAGUGAGACCAAACACUGUUUGUGUAAUGCAAGUGUCAGUGCCAAGAUUUUAAUGCCAGGCCGCUGUGAAGCCUGGUUGUUUGUAGCUUUGGAAUACUGUGGCCAUGCUACUCCAAUUGUGGAAAUAUGCCUAUGUGAGACCAACCCUUUUGUAAAAGUCACGUUUUUUUUUUGUUGUUUUUUUUUUUAUGUAUUACAGUUAUGUGUAUUGCCUUUUAGAAUGGGAUUUAAAAGAACAAGCUCCAAAAUUGAGUCAAUUUUUAUGUUCAA